UUGAGUUUUGCAAUUAUGAAGAAAAAUGGCGGCUUGAGAGUCCUACUGUCAGUAGAAGCAUACACAAAAUGGGAGGCAGCGGUCUAUGGGAUUCCCCAGACACGGAGGGUUGGCCCCUGCAGUCUGCACUACCUCUGCUCCUGCCCUAGCCUGGCAGAAGGAGGCCCAUGCCGAAUCUUUACAAUACUUCUGUAUACUAUAUCUCUAGGCAGAACCCCAGAUAGCUUUAGUUUAAGCUUAACAGUGAACACUGCUACACACAACACACAACAACAAACAACAAACAACUUUAUAUUAUCCAACAGCAAGAUGUUUCAUGAAGACGAUAUGGACGGCCGGGUGGUGACUGACAGAGCUGUGGAAGUUACUACUCGAAUGGACUAUGAUCAACAUCUACCAAGAUAUGAUUCUGGCUGUGUUUCUGGAGGUUUAUCUAGCCUUGGCUCUCCUAGGCAUGUAUCAAGAGAUUACCAAAGAUUGGAUAGUGGGAUCUGUGAACGAAUGAAUGAAGUUAGGAUUUCUGAAACAGAAGAAAAAGAAAAGGUUUUGUUUAAAAGUCCACAAUCACUUGCACUAGAAUACUACGAGACAGAUAGUGAUGGUGACUGCCAACUACAUCUAGCCAUUGCAGAGGGUGUUACUGAAGUCGUCUUUGCUCUAAUUAAGAUGGCUCCUCAUCCAAACUACCUUGAUAUACAAAAUAAUGAACUCUACGCUCCACUUCAUAUAGCUGUACUCGUAAAUCAACCUCGUAUGGUUCGAAGGUUGGUUGUUGCUGGAGCUACUACAAAUAUCAGGGAUAAAGAAGGGAAUACACCCCUCCAUCUAGCAGCUAAACGAGGGUUCAAGGAGUGUGCUGUAGCUCUUCUAAGUCCAAUCUCCACUGAUGAGCUUCGAGAGGCAAAUAUCAGUACCGGAGCUAAUCCCUCCAAUCUCCAUUCCGUCCUAGAUCUUACAAACUACAAUGGAGAGCAUUGUGUCCACUUGGCAACCUUUGGACAGCAUUACGAAUUCCUUUGGUUCCUUAAUCUCCAUAGGGCUGAUAUCAACGCUAUGGAGGGUAGAUCGGGGAAAACAGCGCUCCAUUACGCGGUCAACAUGGGAGAUGAGAGGCUAGUUAGGUUGCUAGCGCUACCUGCACCUAGUGGAGCGGGAGCCUGGAUUAACUCAAGGGAUUGGGCCGGACGAACAGCUUUACAAUGUGCCAAAAUUAACGGUGACGAAAACAUUUUCCGACUUUUAUCAUCCAUACCGGGAUGUGACACGUCCAUGGAUGAAAGCGACGAGGAUUUCGAGUUCGACACAGACGAGGAGAUCAGCGACUACGACAGGGAUUACACUGAUAUCGAGGUCAACGGAAUGAGAAUUGUCGAGUCGACGGCUUAAAGUUUCUUAAACCAAUAAAACUAUAGAAACAUAUCUGUGAUCUUCUCCUUUCCCUAGAGAACAUUAUAAUUCAAUUAUACAUGAGAUAAAUACAUUCAGAGUUAUUAAGUACAAUGUACAUGUUGUACAUAAAUGUUGCAGAUCAGAGGUUUAUCAGUAUUUAUAUGUACACGUAUUUCAAAAUAAAAUUAUAAAAUGUU